ACCUUUACAUACAGUGUCUCAUCUCGCUUUCACAUCGGUCUCCCUCUCUUCUUCCCUCCGUUGCUCGAUCGCCGGACCUCGCCGGAAUCUCCCAUUCUCAGUUCAGAUCGCCGGAAUCUUCGGUGAAAAUGAGAGAAAUCCUUCAUGUUCAAGGCGGACAAUGCGGAAACCAGAUCGGAGCGAAGUUCUGGGAGGUUGUCUGCGAAGAACAUGGCAUUGAUCCGACUGGCCGAUACACUGGAACGUCAGAUCUGCAGCUGGAGCGCGUCAAUGUGUACUACAAUGAAGCCUCGUGUGGACGGUUCGUUCCUCGUGCUGUGUUCGUGGAUCUUGAGCCUGGUACUAUGGACAGUGUGAGGACUGGUCCGUAUGGUCAGAUUUUCCGUCCCGAUAACUUUGUUUUUGGACAAUCUGGUGCUGGAAAUAACUGGGCCAAGGGUCACUACACCGAAGGAGCAGAACUUAUUGAUUCGGUUCUUGAUGUUGUGCGUAAGGAGGCUGAGAAUUGUGACUGUCUUCAAGGCACAACAAAUUGGUAUUCAGAGUAUCAUUGUGCCAAAAUAGAACAUCCGCAACUUUGUUUUUCUGUAAAUUGAAAAAUUCGAAGUUGUCGAAAUCAACUUUUGAAUAUACCAAGAGGUCCGUCUCGACAAGAGGAGUCCAAACCUAGAAAUAACGGCCAAAACAGACUUCUUGGUGACCCACAUGUGCCGGUCAAAGUCAAGCUACCAUCGCAAGUCACCGGCUACUGCAACCUUAUGUGGAUGCAAAGCCUCUUGACAUACUAUAGAGAACUAUGAAUGAAGAAGCAUAAUCUUUGGUGGGUACUUGAGAACUCAAGACUGUUUACAAUAUUUAUGUUUUUAGACAACAGCUAUCCCCAACACAAGGAGGAAAAGGAAAAAGAAAAUAGCUUCAUGCCUGUGUUUGGUAUGUGUUUGUGUAGAGAGACUGCAUCUCAUUUGUAAAACAGUAAAAUCAUAUCAUACUCUUGUGGAUCAACCCAUAAUCUUGUGGAUCUCACAUCAAUUUGACUGCACUAAUCUCCUCUUGUUGGUCUCAUUUAGUGUUAAAAUUUUUCAUAAAAUUUGUCCCUUCAAAAUGCACUUUUACCCUUAUGAACUUGAGGUUUUUGAUGCAUACAAGUAUUUCUGUCCAAAGGAUUGUAGAACUGUUGCGAUAAAAAGACUUUUAAUUACAGUAUUUAUUGUUCAGUUGUGGGCAUACUUUUGCACGAUUGUGGCUAGGUUUUUUGAUGACAUGAAUCUCAAUUAUGCGAGCAUCUUGUUUGGAACGAGCUUAGUGGUGUUAUGAAGUGACUAGAGCCGUUCUUAGUGCACUAAACCUCAAGUCCUCUUCUGAUAUCUGGAAUGCAGAACUUUCCUUCGUAGGAGUUGUUCUUGACUGACAAAACUUUGGGCGGAAAAUGUUGAGAUGAGAGAAAUCAUGAAC